UCAAACUGAGUUGGCGUGCUACAGAUCCUUCAUAGCACAUGAAUGAAUCAUUCCUGCCAUUGUGUGUGCUGUGGAGUAAAAAAUAAGUGCUUUAAAAGCAGCAGAUGAUUCACCCUGACAAAACAUCCACACAACUUCUCUGGGAACACACCAAUCUCAAGACAUGUCUAAGCUGGAGAAAGCCAUUGUGGCCAUAGUGGAGGUGUUUGAGGAGUAUGCAGGGACAGAUGAGCAGAAAACCCAGCUCAGUAAUGCUGAACUUGGCCAGCUUAUUAAAGCCCAAAUUACCAGUCCUGAAUUUAAGGAUAAAGUGGAUCCAGAUAAUAUUAAGGAUGUCAUGGAAGAGCUGGAUAAGAACCAUGAUGGUGAAGUGAACUUCCGUGAAUUCAGUCAGUGUAUUGCUGGCUUAGCCAAGGCCUACUACAUAAAGAAGCAUGGCAAGGAAAAGUGCAGAGGAAAGGGCAGGGGGUGUCAGGAUAAGUGAACAUACACAUCCUUACACUCCUGAUGCACUAGACUUUUGCCUCCUACAAGGUUCCAAUGUACCUCUCGAUAAUGUGUAAUAAUGUUGGAAACAAUUUUAUAUGCUAUAAGACAGGCACAGUAAAAAUGGUUUGAACAAAUAUAAUGCCUGUUAGUCCAUAUAGUAGGAAACAUUUCUCAACAGUGUUGCCUAAUGAACAAUAAAAUUUACUUAGACAUGCAUUUUGCAGUAGUGUAAUGUAUAGUUUUCUGGAGACUAAUAAAAACCUCUUUUCAUCA